AUGGUACCAUUUAAUGCUGCAUUUAAAAAUAAAACCAUGGAUGAUGUUAGUUUUUUAAUUAUUGACAGUAUAGUCGAUGUGAUAUUUUUCAUAGAUAUUGUAUUAAAUUUUCAUACAACAUUUGUUGGACCAAAUGGUGAAGUGAUAUCGGACGCAACGAUUAUACGUAUUAAUUAUUUAAAAGGAUGGUUUAUUGUUGAUGUGUUAUCUUGUUUGCCCUAUGAUGUGUUCAAUGCAUUUCAACCAGAAGCGACACAAAGUACAAUCAGUUCAUUAUUUGGUGCAUUAAAAGUUGUACGUUUAUUACGUAUUGGUCGGGUUACACGUAAACUAGAUCAAUAUUUAGAAUAUAUGGCAGCGAGUUUAUUAUUAAUGAUAUCAGGUUUGUACUUUUGGCACAUUGGUUAG